AUGACUGAUUUAGAAAAUAUAAGAAAAGAGAUAACAAAAUUACAAACUGAGAAUGCAAAAUUAACAACAAAAGUUGUUAGGAAUAGAAAAAUAAUUGCUUAAAAAGAAGAAACAUUUAUUAAGGUUUAGAAUAUUGCAAAUGAAGAAGAGACAUUUGAUUCUGAUUCAACUUAAGCCUCCUUUAAAAUUAAACAAUUACCAAAUGGCAUGGAUAAAGUAAGAGAACUUUAUAAAACUGUGUGUUAAUGUGGAGGAGCAGCUAAAUUUAAGUAAUUUAAUAGAUUAUAUUUUUAGUGGAUUUUGUGAAAGUUGUGUAAAAAAGAUGAAAGAAGAUUAUGAAAAGGCUAUGAAUGAUUAUUUACCAAUAGCUCUUCAAUAUGAAAAAGUUUACUCAAGCAAUGUUAAUAAAGAAGUGAAAAUGUUAUCCAUUAAAAAUAAAAUAGAUAGCAUGAAACAAAAAAUUAAAGAAGGGGACAUUAACUUUUAGGAUGAAAGUUUAAAAAUAUUGUAGGAUGAAAUCAAUUAUUUAAGAAAAUAAAUUAAAAUUAUUUAAAUGGAAGUAAUCGAUUUUUAUCAUAUUUAGUAUGAAGUUUAAUAAAAAGAAUUUGUUAGAUAUGUUGAAGAAUAAAAUAAGGUUUAGGAAGAUUUAGAAAUGAGAUUAGCUAAAAAAGAAAACAAGAUCUAAAAAGUUUAGUUCGAAAUAGAAAAAUUACUCUUAAAAAACAAAAAAAUUGAAGAGAACAUAGACUUUGCCAAAGAAGAAUUAGAAAGCUAUGUAAAAUGAAUCUUUUCAUAAUUAUAUUACUUAAAUAAAGAUCGGA